AUGACUAGGGGGUCCUUUGUCAAUCGACUCUACCGGAAAAAGCGAGGAUCUUCAACACCCACUCCCGUCAAUACAACUAUUACGUCUACGUCUUCAGUUUACCGCCGGGCUCGAAAACGACGCACUUGCAAAGAUCCAAAUCGAAAACAAGAUCCUCAUUAUGUUAAUACCAUUCAACUUGAGUAUCAACUGCAACCAGAAGAUAUAUCAGGUCACCGACAAGAAGAUUUUACAUUCAAUUUCCGGAUGCAGCCGGUUCCGCGAGCCGAAGCUUCCCAGAACUCCUCAGCAGAGACUUCACGACAGAUGGCUCCUCAUUCUAACAAUACUGCCGUAUAUGCCUCUGGCUCUAUGCAGUGGCCCUGUACUGCUGAUCAGGAUUUUUUAUUGCAGGAUGAAGGGGACCAUUCCCAGCUUACUCCUUCUCCCGCGUCAAACGAUCCUUCUCAAACACUUUCUCUCAUUCCAUCUUAUCCUCAGGCCUCCAUGUUCUUGACCCAUUCUGUUCCAGAUAACGCCCCUUGGGACAAUGCGCCAACCAAUAACGAUAGCUCUCAGUUUAGCCACUAUUGUGGGUUUACCGGGGCAUUUCUUGCAUCCAGCAACUCGCAGGUGUUGUCGCAGGAUGACUACUUGUCACACCAGUACCAGGAACAGUUUCGGGGCCACGUUCAUGCGCCUAUGCGAGAGGAAAACUCUUUCGGGAUUAAUGAUGCGUUCUUCGGGAACACAUUCGGAAUGCCAGCCAGGUCUCCCUCCCAGUCUGAUAUACAUCGUUUUGGAAAUUCGUACUACGGCUGUAACUUUUAG